AUGCAUCUUUGGAUUUCAUAUGUUUUGCUCAGUGCAAUGUCAGUGAGAACUGUCGAGAUGUUUGACAGUUAUGGAGAAAUAUGUCAACGACUGUGUGCCUGUGAGGAGAGAGAGGGGAUACUCACAGUGAGCUGUGAAAACAGAGGAGUUGUAAGUAUCUCAGACAUCAGCCCCGUGUACUUCUCCCAGUAUCAUCUGCUGCUGACAGGGAAUCAUUUAAAAACGCUAUCUGCCGAUGAUUUUGUUGAGUACAAAGGACUUACAAUAUUACAUCUGGGAAAUAAUUACAUAUCGGAGAUUGAAGCAGGAGCUUUUAAUGGACUUCGGGGAUUAAAACGAUUGCAUCUCAACAAUAACAAAAUUGAUGCCUUGAAGGAAGAGUUUUUCUUUGGCCUGGAAAGUCUGGAAUAUCUCCAAAUUGAUUCUAAUUAUAUAACUCAUGUGGCCCCGAAAACCUUGAGCAGACUUCGAAAUCUGGAGGUCCUGAUUCUCAAUGAUAACUUAAUAUCUCGUCUGCCGGUGAACAUUUUCCAGUAUGUCCCACUGACUCAUUUGGAUUUACGAGGGAAUCAGCUCAAAGUGCUCCCCUACUCAGGUCUGCUGGAGCACAUGAACAGUGUCGUGGAGUUACAGCUGGAGGAGAACCCGUGGAACUGUUCGUGUGAGCUGAUUGCACUUAAGUCCUGGCUCGAGAGCAUAUCGUACACAGCUUUAGUCGGCGAUGUUGUUUGUGAGUUCCCUUUCCGGCUUCAUGGGAGAGACGUUGAUGAGGUUUCAAAACAGGAGUUGUGCCCAAGGAGAGCCAUCGCUGAAUACGAGAUGCCACCCCUGCCACGUGCGAUUACCGACGCAUACCACAGGACCGUACCGGCUCUGGUCACAGCCUCCUUCACCUCUUCUGGGAUUGCUCGGUCCUCAUCAAGACCCACGAAGGGACCUCGCCAGUCGGGCAAAUUAAAAUCAAAGCCCACUGCUCGCAUCCCAUCGAAUAAACCACAACAUUAUGGACAAAUUAUUUCAUAUCAAACCAAGUCCCCCGUGCCUUUAGAUUGCCCAACUGCCUGCACCUGCAAUCUUCAAAUUUCAGACCUCGGCCUGAAUGUGAACUGCCAGGAGAGAAAGAUUGAAUUUAUCUCUGACUUAAAUCCCAAACCAUACAAUCCCAAAAAGAUGUAUUUUACAGGGAAUUAUAUCCCAGUUGUGCGUCGAUCUGAUUUUAUCGAGGCGACUGGGUUAGAUCUGCUUCAUCUCGGUAACAAUCGAGUAUCUCGCAUACAUGACCGAACUUUUGCCGAUUUGACACAUCUAAGAAGACUAUACCUGAAUGGUAAUUUGAUUGAUCAUCUAUCAGCUGACAUGUUUUAUGGACUGGAGAAUCUACAGUUCUUAUAUUUAGAAUACAACGUCAUUAAAAAGGUCAGUUCUGACACCUUUCAGCACGUACCCAAACUUCAGCUUCUUUUUCUGAACAAUAACCUCUUGAAAACGUUACCCGUGGGAACACUUAAUGGCCUGACAUUAGCCAGGCUAAAUCUUCGCAACAACCAUUUGCGAUAUCUUCCCGUCAGCGGCGUGCUAGAUCAACUUACAGCACUGGUGCAAGUCGAUUUGUUCGAGAAUCCCUGGGAUUGCUCUUGUAGCAUACUGGAGUUAAAGAUGUGGCUGGAGCAGCUUAGCACAGGCACAGUUGUAAACAACGUCAUCUGUGGUUCGCCCACCAGGCUAGCUGGGGAGGAUAUGAGAUACAUUAAGACAACAAAUCUUUGCCCGAAUAAUUCUGAUAUACUUGCCUUCAUGAUCCCACCCUCUGAAGAAUCUUUCCCUGGCAGCACUAUCACCAUAGAAACAACUUUGGACUCUGACACGCAAUACAGCGCCAUUCCUUUAUCUGUGAUGAUUCUUGCCCUUCUCUUUAUAUUCAUUGUGUCUGUUUUUGUGGCUGCAGGAUUUUUCGUGGUCAUGAAAAAGCGCCAUCAAAAGAGUCAAAACGAGCAUAAUAACUCCAUGAAUGCUUGCAUUAGCUCUCUCAACAUGGAAUAUGGCCUUUACAAAAAGGGAUCUAUUCCCAAAGUCAGGACAUCUGCUGGACAUUUAUACGAGUACGUCCCACCUCCCACAGAAACCACAUGCAGAACAACUGACCAGACCCCAACGGACAGCAAAUCAGUGGAUGGAUUUCAAGACUUUGAUGAGUUGAGCGGCGUUUAUCUGGCUCACUCGGAUGAAGAGGCGACCAGUAAUGUUAUAAGCUCGGAAUACAGCGUGACCGCUCCAGAGCCCCUUAAUAAGCCCUCCAACCAUCACCAAGAGGACCAGUGUUACUAUAGAGAUGUACUUGAGUCUGACAAGCACACAUGCUACAGCAAUUCGUUACCAUGCAGGCAUGCGGGACAUUCGUCAAGUCAGUAUGCCUCAGACUUUGAUGCAAGGCAUCGAUACAUGCAUCCAGAUAGAAUACAACAGACACUAUUCUAUUGUGCAUCACCAAGUACAGUGUAUGUGGAGCCCAACAGGAGUGAGUACUGGGAACUAAAAGCAAAGCUUCAUAUUGAUCCCGAUUACCUGGAGGUUCUUGAAAAACGAACAACAUUUACACAGUUUUAA